GUUGCCACGUUCGGCCGAACUUCGUGGUGUACACCCUGUGCGUGCGGCCUGUAACAGGAGUCUACGCGUCUCCUCAUCUUCGUCGUCGUGCUCGCCGGUACUCAUCGUCACGGAUUACUCGCGAUUAACGCUUCGCAUCCCGCUCGUGUUAAACCCGGUGCGCACGAUGCGAGGUAGAACCGUGCAUGCAAGAGGUACGACUUCGCCGGACGAGAGCAAUUACGGAUAAAGGAGUAAAGCGAAUAGUGCAAGCGGAACAACGAGGACGAGGCGGAUGGGAGUGCGGAGAAAAAGGAGGGAUAGCCGCAAUAGGACAGGAAGAGCGGCAGUGGUGAACACGGAUAUACGAGAAUGCACGUUCGCGCGAACGCGUGAUCCGUGCUGAAAGAAACGAGUGCGACAAGAGAAAAGGGGAGAGAGAGAGAGAGAGUGCGAAAGAGAGCAGAAAUCGGGGAGAGAAGAAAAAGCCGCGAGAGCAAGAACGGCAAAGAGAACGGCGAAUUCGUUGCCUACGUGGAAUGGGCUGCUGGCAGAGGGAGCAGCCACGCUCCGCGAAGUUGCCUAGAUACCGGGCAACACCGUGUUGCGCUCCGGUGAAGUAGGAGGCAGCGAAAGAGGCGGAGGUGGUGGUGCUGCUCCGCGGGAGGAUGGAACGCGCGGUGGACUGUAGUGAGACGAGGAAGACGAUUGCCGGCCAGGCCGCGAACGCAGGUCCGUGGUGCUGCCAGGAAUCGCGAUAGCACACCUGCGCCCCUCUCGAAGCUCGCCGAGAGAGAAAGAGAGAAAGAGAGAGAGGAAAAGAGAGAGCAUAGGAUCCCCCGCGAGAAUGCUCGAAACGCUGGGAAGCAUCGUCGCGCGAACGUAGCGCGUUCUCUCUGCGAACGAUAAUACGCCGCCACCUUUCAGCGAUCGAGACUUCGCGAGUAUACGCACAACCGAGGCGCGCGGGAAGAACGCUUGGUUAUGACGGCGAAGUCGGGGGGUGCGUUAGCGAGGGCAUCGAGUAUCGAUUAGCGGACGAUUCGCGCGGAAUUGAACUCGACUCGUGACACCCUGCACGAUGAUGAUAAUCAGUGACGCAGCGGGCGACAAAGCGCUACCGGGCGACACUCGCGGCGGUGACCGCUGCGUGUAGAAGUGAACACGCAAAAUUGUGCAGUGCAUCACGGUCACGACGGGGCACGUCGGGACCGGAUUGAUGAACAUCGGCAAGUCGGUGUCGUGCCUCGACCUGGACCUGUAAAAUUCAUCUGCCAUGGCGCACCAGGCAGGAGGUCUACCGCAGUUGCGAAUAAAGUUUUGUAAUACAAUCGCCGCCGGUCUCCAAAUAGUCCUCUUGCUCACCGUCCUACCUCAAGAAAGCCUUUGCGGGCGCCACGAGAAACGCUUAUUGAAUCACCUGCUGGCAAAUUACAACACCUUGGAGCGACCGGUCGCGAAUGAGAGCGAACCACUGGAAGUGAAGUUUGGCAUCACUCUACAGCAAAUCAUCGACGUGGAUGAAAAGAACCAAAUACUUACGACCAACGCGUGGCUGAAGUUGGAGUGGACGGACUAUAACCUCCAGUGGAACGAGUCGGAGUACGGCGGAGUGAAGGACCUUCGAAUUACGCCGAAUAAGCUUUGGAAACCGGAUAUCCUCAUGUACAACAGUGCGGAUGAGGGUUUCGACGGGACGUACCAAACAAACGUGGUGGUCACGCAUAACGGCAGUUGCCUGUACGUCCCUCCGGGCAUCUUCAAGAGCACAUGCAAGAUAGACAUCACUUGGUUCCCCUUUGACGACCAACACUGUGACAUGAAGUUCGGAUCCUGGACCUACGACGGCAACCAGCUCGAUCUGGUACUCAACUCAGAGGAGGGUGGUGACUUAUCCGAUUUCAUCAUGAACGGGGAAUGGUACCUCAUCGGUAUGCCGGGGAAGAAGAACACGAUAAUGUAUCAAUGCUGCCCGGAGCCGUACGUCGACGUCACAUUCACGAUACAGAUACGCAGGAGGACCCUCUACUACUUUUUCAACCUGAUCGUGCCCUGCGUGCUGAUAUCGAGCAUGGCCCUAUUGGGCUUCACCCUGCCGCCCGAUUCCGGCGAGAAGCUCACCCUAGGAGUGACCAUUCUGCUGUCGCUGACAGUUUUCCUGAACCUCGUGGCAGAAAGCAUGCCGACGACUUCGGACGCUGUCCCUUUAAUAGGAUCAUACUUCAAUUGCAUCAUGUUCAUGGUGGCGAGCAGCGUCGUGCUGACCGUUCUGGUGCUCAACUAUCAUCACAGAUCGCCCGACAGAUACGUGAUGCCAAAUUGGGUGAAACUAGUGUUUCUACAAUGGCUGCCGUGUGUGUUGCGCAUGAGUCGGCCGGGCAAGAAGAUCACAAAGAAGACCAUUCUCAUGAGUAAUCGGAUGAAGGAGCUGGAGCUGCAGGAGAGGAGCAGUAAGAGUUUACUAGCGAACGUUUUAGACAUCGACGAUGAUUUUCGCCAUGGGAGCAGCGCAGCCAAUCCUGCCUCGGGCUAUAUAAGCAGGUCGGCGUACGGGACGCCGCUGUCGAGCAGACCGGCGACGGUCGAGGAGACUUCGGCGUCGUUGCCUCUCAGCGGCAUGCAGAGGGAACUUCACACAAUCCUCAAGGAGUUGCAGUUCAUUACGAACCGCAUGAAAAAGGCGGAUGAGGAUGACGAAGUCAUUAGCGACUGGAAAUUCGCCGCCAUGGUGGUCGACAGGGUUUGCCUGUUCGUCUUCACGUUAUUCACGGUUUUGGCUACGGUGGUGAUACUGUGUCGCGCGCCACACAUAAUCGUCCAGUAAUAGACUGCUCGGGCAAACCGAAAAAAAAUACACGAAACAUGCCAGGGAUAGCGCCUCCUGGAAUAUUCGGAAACGACGUCCGGCACGAUUCGAGGAGGUGGCUACGGAGCACGUCGAAAUGAAAGCGGGGGAAGCGCGGAAGAAAACAAAAAGAGAGACGGACUCGUUAGCCCCUUUCGCGCCCUUCUGCGGACUCGCCCCUCCCGAGGGAACAAGGGAAAACGCGUUUCUCGCGUUCUCGGAUUCCUCACAGCUGGGAAUCACCGCCCGGUUCGUGUGCGCCCAGUUCCUUUUCGCGACGUGCUUUCGUUCAGACGCAGAAGGGAGGCAAAAGCUAGAGUGAGACCACCGACGACGUUCAUAGGAAAAGCCACGGGGAGGAAGAUCAGCUUCCGGCAGCGGCGGGCAACAACGGGCGUCGUCUCGCAGCUCUUUAGCGGAGAGGAGGACACGCCUGGGAAAAACGUUUCUGGAUUUAAGAAGAGAUAAACACGAGAGGAAUGGGAACAAGGAUCCGAUCGCCGACGUCACGCUCCGUUACGGCUGCGUUAUUUCGUUUAAGUGACUUAAUUAACGUUUCUAGUGCAGAAUCGGUAGGUAGUCGACGCGCGACGCGAGCUGGACGGAGAUUUAGAGGAUCUACCUCUAGAUCGUCGUAAAACGAAGGUAGGUGCAGGCAAAAGGGAAAGAGAGGCAAGCACGCGCUGUCGAGCGGAUCUAAUUGCGUUAAUUUCGCGAGCUUCCGUCGAUCGUGAUAUCGACCGGCGAUCGCUGCCGACUGUCGUUUCGGCGAUCGGGGGUCGAUCUCGUGCGACAACCGAUGGGACCUCGCGAGGAAGGGACGCGCGACAAGUCGACCGGUGUCACGAGACAAAGGAGAUCGCGCAGUCCUCGGAAGAGCGUUGUUGCGGCCUUUCGAUAAUAGUAACAAUAACGAUAAUAUUUCUUAUAAUAAUGAGAAUAAUAAUUAACGAUAAUUACUGUUAGUCGCUUUGCGCGCGCGCGCAUGCACGCACGCACGCACGCACGCGCGUUACGACCGAGUCGUAAUUAAUUAACGCUGCGUUCUGUCGAGGGUCUCUCGCAGGGAGCCGAGACGGACUUAAGAAAAAAAAAUAAAUAUACUGCCAAAUAGAAACUCAAGUCAGGGGUGUUCAACCUUUGUGCGGCCUGGACGAUCGACAGGGUGAACGCGCGCGCGGUACCCGCGACCAAUUGGCGAGAGCCGCACCGUUUGUUUCGUUUCGACGAGAAUUUUUCCUCUUCCCUUCGAUGCACGAUCCGCGGAUCCGCGAUUUAGCGUCUCUCCUAAAGGGCAAGCCCGCGACAAGGCGCGAACGAAACUUGCGCCGAUCGAACGAUCGCGCGAUCGACCCUCCACACGCUCGAUAUAUUUUUCCACGUUUCCCUCGCCCCCCCCCCUCCCACGUUACAAAACCCUCCUAUUAUCAUGCGCUCGAAAGUUGACGUACGCGAAAUCACAAGCGAUUUGUCCCUCCUCCCCCUCUCCCCCCGCGCUUCCGCAAAACCUGCCGAAUAUUUUCACACCGCGUAUCACGGGGUGCGCGUGUGUUUGUGUGUUGUGUGCACGCGGGUGUAUGUAUGCGUGCGUGUGUGCGUGCGCGUGUGUAUGUGUAUAUGUGUGUGUGUGUGUGUGUGUGUGUGUGUGUGUGUGUGUGUGUGUGUAUGUGUAUAUGUGUGUAUACGCGAAAGAUAUACAAGCGCACAAGAGAGCGGUCGACGCGUCGCUUAUUCAGCCGAUCGGCGGAAGAGGGUCAAUCGAUCGAUCGGCCGCUCCAUUCGUCCGGAUCGUACGGUGCCGCACGAGCACGCAGCGUAAAACCGGCGAGGCGAACACGCGCGCACACGCGGAGACCAGAGAGGCGAACGUGACGAAGGCGAGCAAACCGCGGAAAGAAAAUAAAGAAAAAAGAAAAGGAAACAAGAAUAAAAAAAAACUGUCAAGUUGGACCACCCCUGCUUUCCGUACAGAGUCACGCGUAAACUCGAGUCCUCAAGGACCUCGGUAAAUCCGUCGUGGAUCGUGAUCGAGCGCUGCGAGAGCGAUCGACGUAACACACAUUUAUGGGGGCCAUGCCUACCGCGACGACGAUUUAUAUCUCGGUGGAUCGUAUAGUCUCGUUGCUCGACUUCGCGCUUGUCAAAACCUCUCGACGACUGUGGCUUAAAGUGGCCGAGCUUCCCAAAUUAUGUCACGCUUUUCUAACAGGUCGUUACACUUCCACUCCGCAUUUUGCCAAAACGGAUUUUCUACGGCUCGUCGGUGAGAAAAUAAAAUCAAAGGUCUGACUCUUCGAUGGCUUAAAGAUCCCAUAGUCGCGUAAUAUAAUUUUAUGCAAUAAUUUUUAAUUUUAUGCAAUAAUUUUUAAUUUUAUGCAAUAAUUUUAAUUUUAUG